GUGGGAAGAGAAGGCCGAGGAGGAGGAGGAGGAAGCAACCGGAGUCAUGGCCUUGCCGAUGGAACAAGCCGAGGAGUUGCGUCUCUACCAGCAAACCCUCCUCCAGGAUGGUCUGAAAGACAUGCUAGACCACAACAAGUUCCUCGACUGCGUCUUGAAAGUCAAAGGGAAAGAAUUCCCGUGCCACCGCCUGGUCCUUGCCGCCUGCAGCCCCUACUUCAGGGCUAUGUUCCUCUCGGACAUGGAGGAAAGCAAGAAAAAGGAGAUCGACUUGGAGGACGUCGAUCCAGAAGUCAUGGGGAAGAUCCUUCACUACAUCUACACUUCGGAACUAGACAUCACCGAGCAGAAUGUCCAGGACAUCUUCACGGUGGCCAACAUGUUCCAGAUCCCUUCCAUCUUCACCGUCUGCGUCUCCUUCCUGCAAAAGAGACUUUGCCUCAGCAACUGCCUGGCCAUUUUCAGGCUGGGCUUGAUGCUGGACUGUGCACGCCUAGCCAUAGCGGCGAGGGAUUUCAUAAGUGACCGCUUCGCCCUCAUCUCCCGGGACGAGGAGUUCAGCCAGCUCUCUCCCGACGAGCUCAUCGCCAUCAUCUCCACCGACUCGCUCAACGUAGAGAAGGAGGAGACCGUCUUCGAGGUGGUGAUGAAGUGGGCCACAGCCAAGGACCACGAGGCCCGGGCGAAGGCGCUCCCCGUGGUCUUUGAGAGCAUCCGCUUCCGACUCAUGGACAAAGGUUACUUCAAGGACCAGGUGGAGAAGCACGCCUUGGUCAAAUCCAGCCCAGAGCUCCUCAAGAAGCUCCAGAUGGUCAAGGAUGCCCAUGACGGGAAGUUGACGGUGGUGAGAAAGACGACGGGGAAGAAAAAGGGGGAGAAGAAAUCUGGCGACAAUGUCAUCAACGGAGAGGUAGAGCAAGAAGCAGGAGAGGAAGAGGAAGAGGAGGAGGCUCUCCCAGGGAUCUUGAACGACACAAUGCGCUUUGGGAUGUUUCUACAAGACCUUAUUUUCAUGGUCAGUGACUCAGGGGCCGUGGCUUACGAUCCGGGGGCCAACGAGUGCUUUUUCGCCUCCGUCUCCGCUCAGAUCCCAAAGAACCACGUCAGCCUGGUCACCCGCGAGAACCAGAUCUUCAUAGCAGGUGGAAUUUACUACAACGAGGACAAUAAAGAGGAUCCCAUGAACUCCUAUUUCUUGCAGUAUGACCACUUGGACUCAGACUGGCUCGGGAUGCCUCCCCUCCCAUCUCCGCGCUGCCUGUUUGGCCUCGGCGAGGCCGAAAACUCCAUCUUUGUGGUUGGCGGGAAAGAGCUGAAGGAAGGAGAAGAGACCUUGGACUCGGUCCUGUGCUAUGAUCGGCUGUCCUUUAAAUGGGGCGAUGCGGACUCCCUUCCUUACCCAGUCUAUGGCCACAGCGUGGUAUCCCAGAAUGACCUCAUCUACGCCAUCGGAGGCAAAGGAAAUGACAAGAAGUGCCUGAAAACACUCCUUGUCUACAACCCAAAGAAGUUUGAGUGGAAGGAAUUGGCUCCCAUGAAAACAGCGCGAUCACUCUUCGGGACGACGUUACACAACGGGAAAAUUUACGUGGUGGCCGGAGUGACCGAUUCCGGCUUGACCAGCUCGGUGGAAGUUUAUGACAUUGCAGCCAAUAAGUGGGAACCCUUGCCGGAAUUCCCCCAGGAGCGUAGCUCAGUCAGCCUGGUCAGCUUGGCAGGUACUCUCUACCUGAUUGGAGGAUUUGCCACCGUGGAGACAGAGUCGGGGGAACUGGUGCCAACAGAGCUCAAUGACGUUUGGAGGUACGACGAAGAAGGGAAGAAGUGGGAAGGUGUUCUCCGAGAGAUCCAGUACGCGUCAGGUGCCACGUUUCUGCCCGUGCGGCUCAACGUUCUGCGAUUAACAAAGAUGUGAUUUCACCCCAACAUCACUUUUAACUUCUUGCUACCAAGAUCUCUUUCUCUCCCUGCCUCCCCAAAAUUCUCUUUCUUUUGUAAGUCA